CGACUUCCCUUUUCGGCUCCACUCGGGAGAGCCGCCGGCCGGCGCUGUUAAUUUGUACUAUCCAAGAUGGAGGUUUACUGCUGCUCUUAGCAUCGAGGUGUGAUCCUGUCUGUGCGUGUGUCACAGUAUACGCGAUACAGCCAAGGGGAAUAAUUUUCUUCGAGUUCUUGACACAUAAAAAGAAAAAAACUGUUUACUGGGAUUUUCGAUUGCAACCUGAAUACCAGCCAUGAGCUCUGGGGAAGGAGCAGAGGAGACGGCAAAGGACGCGGCCGACAUAUCGGCGUUCUUCAAAUCCGAUUGUUCUCUUCCAAAAUGUGAACAGAAAGUUGAUGUACCCAGCCAGUUAGGAGGGUUUCGCAGGAAUGAGGAGAUGAAGGCCAUGGAGGUGUUGCCUAUCCUCAAGGAGAAAGUGGCCUUCUUAUCAGGGGGCAGAGACAGACGCGGGGGCCCAGUGCUGACAUUUCCGUCACGGAGCAACCACGACAGAAUACGCCAGGAGGACCUUCGCCGGCUCAUCGCCUACCUGGCCGGGAUCCCCAGCGAGGAUGUGUGCAAGCACGGCUUCACCGUCAUCGUGGACAUGCGCGGGUCCAAGUGGGACUCCAUCAAGCCCCUGCUGAAGAUCCUGCAGGAGUCCUUCCCCUGCUGCAUACACGUCGCCCUCAUCAUCAAGCCCGACAACUUCUGGCAGAAGCAGAGGACCAAUUUCGGCAGCUCAAAGUUUGAGUUUGAGACAACCAUGGUGUCGCUUGAGGGCCUCUCCAAGGUGGUGGACCCGUCCCAGCUGACGCCGGACUUCGACGGCAGCCUGGACUACAACCACGAGGAGUGGAUCGAGAUCCGGGUGGCCUUCGAGGACUUCACCAGCAACGCCUCGCACAUGCUGGCGCGCCUGGAGGAGAUGCAGGAGCUGCUGGGGCGCAAGGACUUCCCGCAGGACCUGGACGGGGCGCGGCGCAUGAUCGACGAGCACUCGGGCCUGAAGAAGAAGGUGAUCAAGGCGCCCAUCGAGGAGCUGGACGCCGAGGGCCAGAAGCUCCUGCAGCGCAUCCAGAGCAGCGAGGGCUACUCCAACCGCAACGCCGCCUCCACGCCCAACGCCGACACGCAGAGCCUGGUGCCCAAGGUGUCGGCGCUGCUGGACAAGCUGCACUCCACCCGCCAGCACCUGCACCAGAUGUGGCACGUGCGCAAGCUGCAGCUGGACCAGUGCUUCCAGCUGCGGCUCUUCGAGCAGGACGCCGAGAAGAUGUUUGACUGGAUCAUGCACAACAAAGGCCUGUUCCUAGCAGGGUACACCGAGAUCGGAACCAACCACCCCCACGCCAUGGAGCUCCAGACCCAACACAAUCACUUCGCUAUGAACUGCAUGAACGUGUACGUGAACAUCAACCGCAUCAUGUCGGUGGGCAGCCGGCUGCUGGAGGCGGGGCACUACGCGUCGCAGCAGAUCAAGCAGAUCUCCAGCCAGCUGGAGCAGGAGUGGAAGGCCUUCGCCGCCGCGCUGGACGAGCGCAGCACCCUGCUGGAGAUGUCCGCCGCCUUCCACCAGAAGUGUGACCAGUACAUGAACAAUGUGGACUCGUGGUGUAAGGCCUGUGGAGAGGUGGACCUGCCCUCUGAACUGCAGGACCUGGAGGAUGCCAUCCACCACCACCAGGGCCUGUAUGAGCACAUUACUGCAGCCUACUCUGAGGUCAGCCAGGACGGCAAGGCCCUGCUGGACAAGCUGCAGCGCCCGCUGACCCCCGGCAGCGCCGACUCCCUCACCGCUUCCGCCAACUACUCCAAGGCCGUGCACCACGUGCUGGACAUCAUCCACGAGGUGCUGCACCACCAGCGGCAGCUGGAGAACAUCUGGCAGCACCGCAAGGUCCGGCUGCACCAGAGACUGCAGCUCUGCGUCUUCCAGCAGGACGUCCAGCAGGUGCUGGACUGGAUCGAGAACCACGGGGAGGCCUUCCUCAGCAAACACACCGGCGUGGGCAAGUCCCUGCACCGGGCGCGAGCCCUCCAGAAACGGCACGAGGACUUUGAGGAAGUGGCCCAGAACACCUACACCAACGCCGACAAGCUGCUGGAGGCGGCGGAGCAGCUGGCGCAGACGGGCGAGUGCGACCCGGAGGAGAUCUACCAGGCCGCCCACCAGCUGGAGGACCGCAUCCAGGACUUCGUCCGGCGCGUGGAGCAGCGCAAGGUGCUGCUGGACAUGUCCGUGUCCUUCCACACGCACGUCAAGGAGCUGUGGACCUGGCUGGAGGAGCUGCAGAAGGAGCUCCUGGACGACGUGUACGCCGAGUCGGUGGAGGCCGUGCAGGACCUCAUCAAACGCUUCGGCCAGCAGCAGCAGACCACCCUGCAGGUCACCGUCAACGUCAUCAAGGAGGGCGAGGACCUCAUCCAGCAGCUGAGGGACUCGGCCAUCUCCAGCAACAAGACGCCCCACAACAGCUCGAUCGCGCACAUUGAGAGCGUGCUGCAGCAGCUGGACGAGGCCCAGGCUCAAAUGGAGGAGCUCUUCCAGGAGAGGAAGAUCAAGCUGGAGCUCUUCCUCCAGCUGCGCAUCUUCGAGAGGGACGCCAUCGACAUCAUCUCGGACCUGGAGUCGUGGAACGACGAGCUGUCCCAGCAGAUGAACGACUUUGACACGGAGGACCUGACGCUGGCCGAGCAGAGGCUGCAGCACCACGCGGACAAGGCCCUGACCAUGAACAACCUGACCUUCGACGUCAUCCACCAGGGCCAGGAGCUGCUGCAGUACGUCAACGAGGUGCAGGCGUCCGGCGUGGAGCUCCUGUGCGACCGGGACGUGGACAUGGCCACUCGGGUGCAGGACCUGCUGGAGUUCCUCCACGAGAAGCAGCAGGAGCUGGACGUGGCCGCCGAGCAGCACCGCCGCCACCUGGAGCAGUGCGUGCAACUGCGCCACCUGCAGGCCGAAGUCAAGCAGGUCCUUGGGUGGAUCAGGAAUGGCGAGUCGAUGCUGAACGCAGGACUCAUCACAGCCAGCUCCCUGCAGGAGGCCGAGCAGCUGCAGAGGGAGCACGAGCAGUUCCAGCACGCCAUCGAGAAAACGCACCAGAGCGCCCUCCAGGUGCAGCAGAAGGCCGAGGCGCUGCUGCAGGCCAACCACUACGACAUGGACAUGAUCCGCGACUGCGCCGAGAACGUGGCCUCGCACUGGCAGCAGCUCAUGCUCAAGAUGGAGGACCGCCUCAAGCUGGUCAACGCCUCCGUGGCCUUCUACAAGACCUCUGAGCAGGUGUGCAGUGUUCUGGAGAGCUUGGAGCAGGAGUACAAGCGCGAGGAGGACUGGUGCGGCGGGGCCGACAAGCUGGGGCCCAACUGCGAGUCGGACCACGUGACGCCCAUGAUAAGCAAGCACCUGGAACAGAAAGAGGCCUUCCUCAAGGCGUGCACGUUAGCCAGGCGCAACGCGGACGUCUUCCUGAAGUACAUGCACAGGAACAGCGUCAACAUGCCUGGCAUGCUGUCCCACGUCAAGGCGCCCGAGCAGCAGGUCAAAAAUAUCCUAAACGAGCUCCUGCAGAGGGAGAAUCGGGUUCUGCAUUUCUGGACCAUGCGGAAGAGGAGGCUGGACCAGUGUCAGCAGUAUGUGGUGUUUGAGCGCAGUGCCAAACAGGCCCUGGAGUGGAUCCACGACACGGGCGAGUUCUACCUGUCCACACACACCUCCACGGGCUCCAGCAUCCACCACACGCAGGAGCUGCUGAAGGAGCACGAGGACUUCCACAUCACAGCCAAGCAAACCAAAGAGCGGGUUAAACUGUUGAUCCAGCUGGCCGAUGGCUUUUGUGACAAAGGGCACGCCCAUGCGGUGGAGAUAAAGAAAUGGGUCACUGCCGUGGACAAGCGCUACCGAGACUUCUCCCUCCGCAUGGACAAGUACCGCACCUCUCUGGAGAAAGCGCUGGGCAUUUCCUCCGACUCCAACAAGGCGAGCAAAGACCUGCAGCUGGACAUCAUCCCAGCCAGCGCCCCGGGGUCAGAGGUCAAGCUCCGGGAUGCGGCCCACGAGCUCAACGAGGAGAGGCGCAAGUCCGCCCGCAGGAAGGAGUUCAUAAUGGCCGAGCUGAUCCAGACAGAGAAGGCCUACGUUCGGGACCUGCGGGAGUGCAUGGAUACGUACCUGUGGGAGAUGACCAGCGGCGUGGAGGAGAUCCCGCCGGGCAUCGUCAACAAAGAGCACAUCAUCUUCGGCAACAUGCAGGACCUCUACGAGUUCCACCACAACAUCUUCCUGAAGGAGCUGGAGAAAUACGAGCAGCUGCCCGAGGACGUGGGCCACUGCUUCGUCACCUGGGCGGACAAAUUCCAGAUGUACGUGAACUACUGCAAGAACAAGCCGGACUCCACCCAGCUCAUACUGGAGCACGCCGGAGCUUACUUUGACGAGAUCCAGCAAAGGCACAGACUGGCCAACUCCAUCUCCUCCUACCUGAUCAAGCCAGUGCAGAGAAUAACCAAGUACCAGCUUCUUCUGAAGGAGCUGCUGACGUGCUGCGAGGAGGGCAAGGGGGAGAUCAAGGACGGCCUGGAGGUCAUGCUGAGCGUGCCCAAGAGAGCCAACGACGCCAUGCACCUCAGCAUGCUGGAAGGGUUCGACGAGAACAUCGAGUCGCAGGGCGAGCUGAUCCUCCAGGAGUCCUUCCAGGUGUGGGACCCCAAGACCCUGAUCCGCAAGGGCCGCGAGCGCCACCUCUUCCUCUUCGAGAUGUCCCUCGUCUUCAGCAAGGAGGUUAAGGACUCCAGCGGCCGGAGCAAGUACAUCUACAAGAGCAAGCUCUUCACCUCGGAACUGGGGGUUACGGAGCACGUGGAGGGCGACCCCUGCAAAUUCGCGCUGUGGAUCGGACGCACCCCCACUUCGGACAACAAGAUCGUCCUGAAGCCAAGUCAGGGAUGCAAACAUGGAGCUAUGGCCUCCAGCAUCGAGAACAAGCAGGACUGGAUCAAACACAUCCGCGAGGUGAUCCAGGAGCGCACCAUCCACCUGAAGGGGGCGCUCAAGGAGCCCAUCCACAUCCCCAAAGCCACCACGGCCAAACACAAGGGCAGGAGGGACGGAGAGGACCUGGACAGCCAGGGAGACGGCAGCAGUCAGCCCGACACCAUCUCCCUCGCCUCUCGCACUUCCCAGAACACCCUGGACAGCGACAAGCUGUCGGGCGGGUGCGAGCUCACCGUGGUCAUCCACGACUUCAUGGCGAGCAACAGCAACGAGCUGACGGUGCGGCGGGGCCAGACGGUGGAGGUGCUGGAGCGGCUGCACGACAAGCCCGACUGGUGCCUGGUGCGCACCACCGACCGCUCGCCCGCCCAGGAGGGCCUGGUGCUCUGCGCCAUGCUCUGCAUCGCCCACUCCCGCAGCAGCAUGGAGAUGGAGGGCAUCUUCAACCACAAAGACACGCUCUCGGUGUGCAGCAACGACGCCAUCCCGCCCACCUCGGGGGGCACGCUGCAGCCGGGCCACGGGAUGGGGUCCCAGAGCUCGCCGGGGCCCAAGCGCCCGGGCAACACGCUGCGCAAGUGGCUGACCAGCCCCGUGCGCCGGCUGAGCAGCGGCAAGGCCGACGGCCACGUCAAGAAGCUGGCCAGCAAGCAGAAGAAGAGCCGCGACGUGCGCAAGAGCGCCGACGCCGGCUCCCAGAAGGACUCGGACGACAGCGCCGCCACGCCCCAGGACGAGACCGUGGAGGAGAGGGUGCGGAACGAGGGCCUGAGCAGCGGGACGCUCUCCAAGUCCUCCUCGUCCGGGAUGCAGAGCUGCGGGGAGGAGGAGGGGGAGGAGGGGGCCGACUCCGUGCCCCUGCCGCCCCCCAUGGCCAUCCAGCAGCACAGCCUGCUGCAGCCCGAUGCCCAGGACGACAAGACGUCCUCCCGACUGUCCGUCCGCCCGUCCAGCUCAGAGACGCCCAGCGCCGCCGAGCUGGUCAGCGCCAUCGAGGAGCUCGUCAAGAGCAAGAUGGCCCUGGAGGACCGCCCCAGCUCUCUCUCAGUGGAGCAGGGUGACAGCAGCAGCCCCUCCUUCAACCCGUCCGAUAACUCGCUCCUGUCCUCCUCCUCCCCCAUCGACGAGAUGGAGGAGCGCAAGACGGGCUUCCUGAAGAGACGACACUACAUACUUCUGGAGCUGGUGGAGUCAGAGAGGGACUAUGUGAGGGACCUGGGUUUGGUGGUGGAGGGCUACAUGGCUCGCAUGAAGGACGACGGCAUGCUGGACGACAUGAAGGGCAAGGACAAAAUCGUCUUCGGCAACAUCCACCAGAUCUACGACUGGCACAAAGAUUUCUUCCUGGGAGAGUUGGAGAAGUGCCUUGAGGAUCCUGACAGGCUGGCUCCCCUGUUCGUCAAACACGAGCGGAGGCUGCACAUGUACAUCGUCUACUGCCAAAACAAGCCCAAAUCGGAGCACGUGGUCUCCGAGUACAUCGACACUUACUUCGAGGACCUGAAGCAGCGUCUGGGCCACCGGCUGCAGAUCACUGAUCUCCUCAUCAAGCCCGUGCAGAGAAUCAUGAAGUACCAGCUCCUGCUGAAGGAUUUCCUAAAAUACUCCAAAAAGGCAGGGGUGGAUUCGCCCGAGCUGGAGAAAGCGGUGGAGGUCAUGUGCAUUGUACCAAAAAGAUGCAACGAUAUGAUGAAUGUGGGCCGACUCCAAGGGUUCGACGGUAAGAUUGUAGCCCAGGGUCGGCUGCUCCUGCAGGACACCUUCUUGGUGGGGGACCACGAUGGCGGACCCCUGUCCCGGAUGAAGGAGCGGCGAGUCUUCCUCUUCGAGCAGAUCGUCAUCUUCAGCGAGCUCCUCGACAAGAAGAGGGGCUUCUCCAUGCCUGGCUUCCUCUACAAAAACAGCAUCAAGGUGAGCUGCCUGGGCCUGGAGGACAGCGUGGACGGCGACCCCUGCAAGUUCGCCCUGACCUCCAGGAUCUCCAACGGAAGCACAGAGACCUUCAUCCUGCACUCCACACACCCGGGCGUGCGGCAGGUGUGGGUGCUGCAGAUCAGCCAGAUCCUGGAGAGCCAGCGCAACUUCCUCAACGCGUUGACAUCUCCCAUUGAGUACCAGCGGAACCACGUCGGGGCGGGCGGGGCGAGUGGUGCUCCUGGCCCCAGCAGCAGCAUGCCGGUGGGCGUGGCCCCGGGAGGAAACGCCCCCGCGGGCUCCCGGUCCCGCCCCUCGCGCAUCCCCCAGCCCUCCCGCCUCCCCCAGCCCCUCCGCCACCACUCCCCCGCCCUGGGCUCCGGCGCCCCCGACCCUGAGGGCCCGGACAAGAUGUCAGGUACGUCGUCCCGCCCCGCCCACAGCCACGCCCCCUCGCAGGCCCCGCCCCCCGCCGACCCGGCCCCGCAGGCGAGGGUGCUGGAGAGCCCGCGCGGGCGCAAGCUGUCCGCCCCGCCCGAGGGCGGCCCGAAGGAGGACCCCCACCCCCACCCCCACCCCCCGACCCCGGCAUCGGCCCCGCCCGUCCCCCGGGCCACCGUGGGCCCGCUCAGCCUGGGCAAGCCCCGCGCCGGGACGGUGUCCCCGCUGGCCUCGCCCCUGGCCGCGCCCGCCUUCGGCAAAGAGCCCUUCCCCCCGGGCAGCCCGGCGCAGAAGGGCGCCCCCUUCUGGAGCUCCGUCCCGGCGUCGCCGGCCAGCCGGCCCGGCUCCUUCACCUUCCCCGCCGAGACGGACGGCUCUCUCAGCCGCCAGAGCCAGCGCCACUCCACCCACAGCAAGGACGCCGACCGCAUGAGCACCUGCUCCUCCGCCAGCGAGCAGUCAGUGCAGUCCACCCACAGCAACGGGAGUGAAAGCAGCAGCAGCAGCAACAUCUCCACCAUGCUAGUGACGCAGGACUACGUGGCGGUGAAGGAGGAUGAGAUCAACGUGUACCAGGGCGAGGUGGUGCAGAUUCUGGCCAGCAACCAGCAGAACAUGUUUCUGGUGUUCCGCGCCGCCAACGAGCAGAGCCCGGCCGCCGAGGGCUGGAUCCCCGGCUUCGUGCUGGGCCACACUUCCGCCAUCAUCCCCGACGCCCCAGAGGGAACCAUCAAAAAAUCCUCAUCUUGGCACACAUCACUGCGCAUCAGGAAGAAGUCGGAAAAAAGAGACAAGGACAGCAAGAAGGACAGCAAGCUAGAAAACGGUUACAGGAAGUCCCGUGAAGGCUUAGCCAAUAAGGUUUCUGUAAAGCUUCUAAAUCCCAACUACAUUUACGAUGUUCCCCCCGAGUUCCUCGUGCCCCUGAGUGACGUCACCUGCGACAACGGCGAGAGCGUCACGCUCCGGUGCAAGGUCUGCGGCCGCCCCAGAGCCGUCGUCACGUGGAAGGGGCCCGACCAAAGUACUCUGAGCAACAACGGCCACUUCAGCAUCGCCUACAGCGACACAGGAGAGGCUACCCUCCGAAUCGUGGGCGCGUCCGCGGAGGACGACGGCAUGUACACCUGCGUCGCCACCAACGACGUGGGCACGGUGUCCUCCUCCGCCUGUCUCAGAGUAUUAGGCACCUCCAGUGAUGGGCUCAAAGUCACCUGGAAGGACAACUUUGAUUCCUUCUACUCAGAGGUGGCAGAGCUGGGCAGGGGCCGUUUCUCCGUGGUGAAGCGGUGUGAGCAGCGGGGGACCAAGCGCACGGUGGCGGCCAAGCUGGUCAAUAAGAAGCUGCUGAAGCGCGAUCAGGUGACCCAGGAGCUGAGCAUCCUGCAGCGCCUGCAGCACCCCCACCUGGUGGGCCUGCUGGACACCUUCGAAACGGCCGCCAGCUACGUGCUCAUCCUGGAGAUGGCUGACCAAGGUCGUCUGCUGGACUACAUCGUCAGCUGGGGAAACCUCACUGAAGAGAAAGUGGCCAUCUACCUGCGGGAGAUUCUAGAAGCUUUACAGUACCUGCAUAACUGCAGAAUAGCCCACUUGGACUUGAAGCCUGAGAACCUGUUGGUGGAUCAGUCGUCCGCCCAGCCCACGGUGAAGCUGGCGGACUUCGGGGAGGCGGUGCAGCUGAACAGCACGCACCACAUCCACCCGCUCCUGGGCAGCCCCGAGUUCGCCGCCCCCGAGCUGGUCCUGGGCGAGCCGGCGGCGCUGGCCUCCGACCUGUGGGGGCUGGGCGUGGUGACGUACGUCAUCCUGAGCGGGGCGUCGCCCUUCCUGGACGAGAGCGUGGAGGAGACCUGCCUCAACAUCUGCCGGCUGGACUUCAGCUUCCCGGAGGACUACUUCCAGGGCGUCAGCCAGGCCGCGCGGGACUUUGUGCGGCUCCUGCUGCGGGCCGACCCGGCCCGCCGGCCCACCGCCGCCGCCUGCCUGCACGAGCCCUGGCUCCAGCCCAGCGGGGGGCGCCGUAGCGCAGAGUGCCUGGACACAUCCCGACUCAUCUCCUUCAUCGACCGGCGCAAACACCAGAACGAUGUUCGGCCCAUCGGCGGCAUCAAGGCCUUCCUGCACAGUAGGCUCCUGCCCAGGGUCUAAAUCUGGGAGGAGAUGCACACACAAAAAAAAAAGAAAGGAAGAAAAAAAAUUAAGAUGAUCUCAUUCUCUUUCACCUGCCAAUGGAAAAAUCGAGGAGCUGCUCCGGUCCUCGGCCAAUCAAAUAAUAAAAAAAAACUUGAGGAGCCCUGCUCUCCUCUGCCAAUCCAAACUCGAGGAAUCCUGCGGUCCUCGGUCGUUUUUGCUGCUGAAUGCUUUUAAAUUAGAUUCAAACAAAAAAUAAUAAACCAACCCGAUAUUAUAAUAAGUAAUUGAUUUAGCCGCGUUAAUGUUCCCCAUCUUUGUACGGAAAGCCUAUCUGCACAAGGAAGCAGAACUUUUUUAAUGAAAAAAAAAAAAGUGACGCGAACGAAACGUGCGUGACGGACAGCGCAUGCUUUUUUUGCCCGAGCCAGAGAGAGCAAGCAGUUGUUUUGACAGUAUUCAAUUCAGGUGCUCGGACCGAACAGAGGAAAUUUGACAGUUUUAAAGAGAAAUCCGUUUCUUAAAGAACAAUGUAUAGGAAUGAAAAAAAACCAUGAAGAAACAAAGUCUUUGUCCACUUUUCAAGAACAUGUUUAAAAAUGGAGCAAACACAAAGUACUUAAUGAAAAACAAACCAAGGCUCCACCCACUUCUGAACCCUUGGGACACAACAUAGGACAGAAUAGUCACCAAAACCUUGAUUUAAACAGUAAACAUCCAAUGACUGCUUGGUUGAAACAUUUCAAACUCAAAAUGGAGCUUUUUCGAUUGCCUCGCUUAUUUAUUCUAAUGAAUCAUGAAACAAGUAACAAUACAGAUUUUAACUGCUGCAAGUCCAAACACCGUUAAAACAACAAAAAAACGAAAAAAAAAAACAUUUUUGCUUUUACUAGAACAAAUUGUGUUGCUCAGAUUAAGAUGUAUAAGCCUUACUUUGUAAAUAGACUGUAUCUGCCUUCCGUUGCUAUCCAUUCGAAAAGAUGGCUCGUGACAAGAGGCGGGCCUUGAGGCAGGAAAAGCGAUACCUGCCAUUAAGGAAAGAGGCCAGAAGGCAGCAUAGCUUUUCAGUGGCAGCACAGAAUGCCAAUCACAUGGCAAAGGAAGACGAUAUACUGUAAAUGCACUCAUUGUAUGUUAUGUUUUUAAUUCAUAUCAUGUGCAAUGUUGCGGCUUUAACAUUUUAUGCAACUAUUUAUGAAGACAUCUGUUGUACCUGUAAUAAAUAUAUAGAAAAGCACGUACUUGGUACUGCAACUUGGUUUCUUUGACACUGUGUCCUUUAGUUCAGUAUUAUUUCAGUGAAGCCCGGGAGUCUAAUUGACGGGUGGUGAAAACCACCUCUAUCGCAUGGCACUUAUGACUUUUGUUUUCACUUUUAAAAAUAAAUUAGUUACCACAGUACACCAAAGUUGUCCUAGCUUUACAGAAACUUCUGUUCCCCUUUUGAUUUGUAAUACUUUACGGACCUAAAUUAUAAAUACCACCGUGAGCCUAAAGGAAAUGUCGUUUACUUUUGUUUACCGUUUCUGUAUUUAUUGUGUUUUUGCAAAUAAGAUUAGUGGCAACAUUUUUAUAUGUGGCUAUUUUGAGCUAGACACAGUUCGGUGAUUGGUAUGGAAUCUCCGCUGGUUUUAUGUAGGCUCAUUUUUUUCUUUUUUUCUUUUUGGGAGCAGUCUUCCUCUUGCAACAGCGUAGUGGAUGUUUUAGAGGAGAAAAAUGUCACCGUAUUAAAUUGUGUUAUUUAUAUGAUUUAAAAUAGAAAAUAUACCGCGAUCAUGUUGGGUGUCCCCCAUGUUGGUAAACCCUGCCCUCGAUCCCCUACAAUUGGCUAAAGACGUUGGCCUGCUAGUACUAAUUUUAAUUCCGAUGUGCGCGGUCGAUGUCGACUGCUGCUUUUUGUUUAAAUCGCGACCCCUCUUGCGCAUAGUCCUAAAUCAGUUAUUUACACUUUGAAUUUGAUCCGGUUGUAUAAGUGCACGUUAAGUAGAAGUGUUGUGGAGUUAAGAGAAGUGAGCCCGGGUUUAUUUUCUCAGCCAGAGAGGGGAGAGAGCGGUGGGUCCAUCUGUACAGUCCCAUAUCAUGUCCCUUCUUUAUUUAUUCAUCAUUGUAAAAGUGUACAGAAACCGACAAAAUGCGGGAACUCUGACUGGAUGUGUUUCUGUUCCAACCUCAUCGUAUUUUAUAUAUAUGUGUAUUAUCAUUUUAAAUGUUUUUAUUUGAAUUAUUUUUUACUUUUGCAUGUAUAUUUCUUUGUACAGAAACCAUAAGUGUUUACACGAUAUGUGCUGUAAAUAUUUUUAUUUUGCCAUCAGUUAUUUUGAGAUUAAACAUAUGGAACGUGA